AUGCAGUCUCCAAAUGGUGGCUUUUAUUGUGACCUUUGUGGAGUGGCGUUUAGGCGAAAAGAUAAUUUAUACGCGCAUUGGCGGUCAAGCUGCCCUGAGAUAAUGGCUAAUAUUGAGCCUGGAUCUGAAUUAUUUCUUAGUGAUACUGAAUUGAAAGGAAUGGUUCUGAAUCUGUUAAUGCGAUUGAGAAGAUUGUCUCGACAAACUCCUCUUAGGCCCAUCAUUGCAAACAGAGAGGACGGAGAGGAGGUUUUACCACAUCACAUGGAGACGGUGGUUUUUAUGGAUGACUAUGUGAACCCGGCGGACACUGUAGUGGAUAUCAAUGGCGAACUCGUCAACGUAGUUGUUCCUGAUCGUAAUAAGUGGUGUAUUUCUGAAAACGGCAAACCUUUGGAAUGUCCUGAUUGUUUUCGGCAGUUUGCUAAUGCUGGUCGACUGGAGCGGCAUAUCACUGGCUUUCACUCUCAUUAUGGUGCCCACAAAUGUUUAUUAUGUGGACACAGAUUCAAAUACGAUUACAACCUUUUGUUUCACUAUCGGCAUAGUUGUGCAUAUACAAAGCUGCUGGUUGGGGCUGAUGUUCGGAAACUGCUGGAUGCUACUUCUUUGAGAAAGCUCGUCUCUCAUAUCAAGCAGACGGACCCAGAUCUGCGACCAGGGAGUUCUCGAUUGAUCAACAUCAAACGACGGCCAUCUAUAAAAGCUGUACCAAGGAAUGUCUUACCAUUGGGUAAAGGUCCAAAGACUAAGUUUAAGCGAGGACUAGAUGAAGGAAAGAAAUGUCCAGUUUGUGAUGUCGUCUUCUAUGGUCAAAAAUCGUUAGAUAAACAUAUUGGAACAGUACACCUGCUUUCGCAAAAUUUCUUGGAUAAGGCAAUAACUAGAGAUCACACACCAGCUGUUGUGCAUUCUUCUGGAAUUGAUGUUGCUCAAGCGCAGCCGGGAGAAGUGGAAUAUCGGGUCGCCGUUGGAACUCGUCACGGAUCGCAAAUCGUUUUGGAGAAGAUCAAUAAGGCAAAUGCUGCAGAAAAAACUGCUGAAACGCCUGGCGAGAAUGUUGCGCAACAUCACGAAGGAAGUAAUUCGAAUGUAAGUAGUUCAUUGUUGAUACAUUACUAUACAAUGUUAACAUGGAUAGAUUGCGCAACAUCAGACUUUUCUUCCUGUCGCAUCUGUUAACU